CCCCACCACGCCUGCGCUUCCACGCAACCCCCCACCGCCGAAGAAGCGUCAUCCACCCCCCAGACGUCAUUUUCCUCCAAUCUUUCGCCGCCACCCUCCGCCUCCCAGGAGGCGCAAGCCUCCCCCUCGCCGCCGCAGUCCCCCUCCCCCAAAGCCCGUGGCUCCUCCGCUUCCCCCUCGCGCCUCCCCGCCCCCCCGGCGCAGACCGCCACCUCGAAGGCGGCGUUCCCCACCGCCGCGUCGUCGUCGUUCCCCGCCGCCCCGUCGCCGUUCUCCGCCGCCAAAGCGCCGAUCGCCUCCCCCGUUGCGGCGCUCCCCGCCACCGCCCCGCCGCUCCCCGCCCCCUGACCCCAUGCCCGAUGACGGGGUGUUCAGCGUGCGCUUAUUUGGCGCCGUGGGCGACGGCACGACGGACGACAGCGGCGCCAUGAACCGCGCGUUCCUAGCCGCAUGCAGGUACAGCGGCGGCAGCCCGGCGCGCGCGACGCUGCUGUUCCCGCGGGGCUACAACUUCUUCGUGCGGUCCAAGAACUUCGUGUGGAAGGGGCCGUGCGGGGGCGCCGGGCUGCUGGUCCGCGUGGAGGGGCGCCUGUCCGUGUACCCGCGGGGCGUGCUCGCCGUCAACCCCAUCUUCAGCUUCCAAAAGAUCCGACGGCUGGUGAUCGCGGGGUCUGGAGUGAUGGAUGGCGGUGGGCAGGUUGUGUGGGGGCACGGAUCGCACAGGCCGUACCUGUUGGAGGUGAAGCUGUGCGAGGGGGUGGAGGUCACUGGCAUCACACUGCGGAACCCGCCGAUGGUGCAUCUGAGCGUGGUGUACAGCAGCAAUGUGUGGAUCCACGACUUCACCACGGACAGCCCCUACAACAGCCCCAACACCGACUCCAUCCACCUGGGCGUCGUACAAAACGUCGUCGUUGAGAACUGCACGCUCCGUGGUGGCGAUGACAACGUGUCCAUUGUGGGCUCCUCCUCCAACAUCGUCAUCAGAGACGUGCUCUGCACCGCUGGCCAUGGCAUCAGCAUUGGGAGUCUGGGCAAGGAGCAUGAGAAGGCGUGUGUUUCCGACGUGACGGUGCAGAAUGCAGUGCUGCUGGGGCUGCAGAAUGGGCUGCGCAUCAAGACGUACCAGGGCGGCCAGGGCACGGUGCACGGCAUUCGAUACGAGAACAUCAAGAUGCGCGACGUCUCCUACCCCAUCAUCAUCAACCAGUUCUACUGUGAGAGGAAGCCAUGCACUGGACACCCAGAGAACCUUGCUGUGUUUGACAUCUCCUAUAAAGGCAUCUCCGGCACCACCAACUACACCAGCGGUGGCGGCAUCUAUUUUGCGUGCAGCGAGCGAGUGCCUUGUGGGAGGAUCACUAUGCGUGAUGUGAGCAUUCGGCACAGCAGAGGGGAGGCGCUCAAGCCCAUAUACCAGAACGCCUACGGCAGCAGCAUCAACGUCUCUCCUGGCUCCUACUGGCAGCGCACUCUUUCCAAAUCCAGUGCGGGCAGCAUUGCAGUUGAGCACAAGAAGUGUGGCGGGAGUGGCCUUGCGUGGGCAGCAUCAACGUCGGCAUCAGCCGAUUGGAUCAGUCAGGCAUCAGAGCUGCCUGAUACUACGUCUGCAGUUCCUGUCAGCCCAACAACCACCGCUCUCCUACCUCUCAGCAUCGAGCCAGUCAUACCUAAUGCCCAACCUGCAACAGCCACCAAAUCCUGGCUAUUGCAAAAUGAACCUGCCAACCUAGUUCUCCCUCCACCUCCACCUUCACCCAAGCCCGCCGGUUCUUACCCUACGCAAACACCACCACCUCUUCUCCCUCAAAAUCUAGCUCAAGGCUUAUUUCAGCCAGGAGAAUUUUGAUUGCAGCAUGGCCGGUGCUUGUGCACUUGAGCAACGAUGUACUACAUGCUCAUGUUUGUUUGUUUUUAUCAAAGCUGUACUAGUGCUA